CGGCCCGGCGCAAAUAGGGGAGAGAGCACGCAACCCUGGCCAAUCCCUUCGCUCGUUCUUCUCCCCUCCGCCUCCGCCUCGCGCCCCCCAGCCAUGCCGCCCCCGCCGCCGCCUCCCCUCACAGAUCCCCUAGCCGCGCCGCCGCCUCGCAGACCCCCAGCCCGCCGCCGAGAGUUCAGCGCGGGGAACCGCACGAGCGCCGGCCGCCGCAUCGAGACGACCGCCGAUUCGCCGCCUCCUCUCCAGCUCCGGCAGGAGGUGCACGGACCACGGCCGCCGCAACGCCGAGCUCUGCCACCUCGCGCCUCCACCUCGCGCCUCCACCUCGCGCCGCACUCCAUCUCGUCUUCGUCAAGCCGCCCGUGGAGCACUUGCCGCCGAUGCGGUCGCCCAGCGCGAGGGGGAAGUCGGCGGCGACCGGCCCUGGCAAGCGCGAGGGGGAAUUGUGGCUAUUCUCUCUUCCCCGUGCGCCCUUUGCGAUGUGCAUCCUCUCCCGAGCGGCCGGUCUCGCCAACACCUCGUCCCUGCUCUCCCCUACGCGGCCAAGCCCGACCAACCGCUGCACAUCGCCAGCAGCGCUGCUGGUGCCGCGGCGGCCGGACGAGGUGCGGCGCCUCGUCAGGCUCACAUUCGUGCGCCCGCCACUCAUCAUGCCGUCCUGCUUCCUCUGGGACUACAUUAAGGUUCUACGUUGCUGCUGCAGGCUAUUGUUGCGACUAUUUCUUUGGUAG